AUGCUCGCUAACGAGUUCUCUGUUGACGCACCAAAUGUCACAAUCAAUGGUGAGGAAAUGAUUUCUCAUUAUGAUUAUCACACAUCUCAUGUUGUUGCUGGAGCUGAUGGAAUCAAAAUCGUUCCAGAAACAAAGAAGUUCGAAUUCAAGACCGAUUUACAUGUUCCAAAGACCGGUGUCAUGCUUAUUGGCUGGGGUGGCAACAACGGUACAACACUUACAUCCGGUGUUUAUGCCAACAAACAUGGCUUAGUUUGGGAUACAAAGCGUGGCGAGGUCAAGGCUAACUACCAUGGCUCUCUUACACAAUGCGCUACAACAUACCUCGGCCAAGAUGAGAAGGGCACAACAUAUGUCGCUCCAUUCAAGGCUUUACUCUCAAUGGUCAAUCCAAACGACUUAGUCAUCGGUGGCUGGGAUAUCUCCAAGCUUAACAUCUACGAAUCUGCUCGCCGUGCUCACGUUAUGGAGCCAGCCAUGCUCAUCCAGCUCAAGGACGAGCUCGAGAAGAUGCACCCACUGCCAGCUGUCUUCGAUCUCAGCUUUGUUGUUCCAAACCAGAAGGAUCGUGCUGACAACGUCAUCCCAGGCAACAAGUGGGAACAGCUCGAGACAGUCCGUAAACAGAUGAGAGAAUUCAAGGAGCAGAACAAGCUCGAGAAGCUCAUCAUCCUCUGGACAGCCAACACAGAGAGAUACUGCGAAGUCAAGGAGGGCGUCCACAUGACACCAGAACAACUCCUUCAGGCCAUCAAGAACAACGACCCUGAAAUUUCUCCAUCUACAGUCUAUGCUACAGCUGCUAUCCUCGAACACAUCCCAUACAUCAACGGUUCUCCUCAGAACACAUCUGUUCCAGGACUUAUCCAGCUCGCUGAACGUGAAGAUGUUGCCAUCAUGGGUGAUGACUUCAAGACAGGCCAGACAAAGUUCAAAUCAGUCAUGGCUGACUUCCUCAUCUCAUCUGGCCUUAAGUUAACAGCUGUUGUUUCCUACAACCACCUUGGUAACAACGAUGGCCUCAAUCUCGAUUUCGAGAAGUGCUUCCGCUCAAAGCAGAUCUCAAAGUCCUCAGUCAUUGAUGAUAUGGUUGGCUACAACCCAAUCCUCUAUCCAAACGGCUAG